AUGUCGUUUUUACAAGUACAUUCGUGUGAGUGUGCUAAAACUGAGUUAGAAUUAUUUACUCUACCGCCGACCCAAACAACAAUUGAAAGUUCCCAAUGGGUUCAUUAUAAACCAAUUUCAUCAUUGACUGAUAACUCGCCGAUAGAAUUUUUUGUUCAAGGACAAGGGGAUGAAUACAUUGAUUUAGCACAUACGAUGCUAAGGUUAUGCGUGGGUAUUACCAGAAGAAGCCCUGUGACAGCUAGCGCUCACCCUCCUCAAGUAGCACCUAUAAACAAUUUUAUGCAUUCAAUAUUCAGUCAAGUUGAUGUGUUAUUCAAUCAAAAACCUGUAUCAACACCUAAUAAUUUAUAUCCGUACCGGGCAUACAUAGAAACUUUAUUGAACUACGGAGCAGAUGCCAAAAAAUCGCAUUUAACUACUGUAGGGUGGUGCUGUGAUACCCCUGGAAAAAUGGAUAGUUUAACCGACGAGAAUUUAGGCUUGAAAAAACGUAAAGAAUUAUUAACGUGUGAUUUUAAAACAGCAGAUUUUAUUGGUCAUCUACAUUGUGACGUUUUCAAUCAAGAAAGAUUUUUAAUCAACGGUGUAGAAAUGCAAUUACGAUUAACAUGUGCACGUGAUGCUUUUUGUCUAAUGGAUGACACAGUAAACGGUUGUGCAUACAAUAUUAGUGACGCUAGUUUAUUAGUGCGUCGUGCAAAAAUUUCACCAGGAACACUUUUAGCACACGCCCGUAUGUUAGCUAAAACUACUGCUAAAUAUCCACUGACCAGAGUUGAGGUUAAAGCUGUUUCAAUGGCAGCUGGUGUACGUGGCGAGACUAUGGACAAUAUCCUUCAUGGCCAAAUACCUAGACGUUUAAUCAUCGGUUUUGUUGAUAAUAAAGCAUUUAACGGCGAUGCUUCGAUGAAUCCUUUCAAUUUCCAAAAUUUUGGGAUUAAUUAUUUAUCACUAUAUGUUGACGGUCGGCAAAUACCGUCAAAACCACUCCAGCCUGAUUUUGGAAACCGUAUGAAUCACAUAGACGCUUAUCACACGUUAUUCUCAGGCACAGGUAUUCAUUUUUUAAACGAAGGGAACUCUAUAGACAGAUUUGAUUACCCUAACGGCUAUUGUUUAUAUGCUUUUGAUUUAACGCCCGAUUUAUCAGCUAAUAGUAACACUCAUUGGAAUUUAAUCAAACAUGGUACAGUUCGUAUAGAGGUUAGAUUUGAUAAAGCACUGGCUACAACUACAAACUGUAUAGUAUAUGCCGAAUAUGAAAGUGUUUUAGAAAUAGAUGCUUCGAGACAAGUAACUAUAGAUUUCGCCGGGUAA